AUGAUUGUGUUUUUGUCACGUACAGUACUAGCGGCUGAAAGUCGGGAUCGGACCUUUGACCACGGCACCUACGGACAUCAUGAGCGUCCUAGCGGCAGCUUUGAGCGCCAGCGCCACUAUGAAGCAGACUAUUACCGGAGCUCGGGGAGCAGCUCUGGCUCCACCAGUGGCUCCGUGGGCACAGCGGGGGUUAGUGGAACUAUUGGCACCAGUGCCACCGCCGGCUCAGGCGCCGCGGUGUCCGCCGGCUGCACCGCAGGAGCCGCGUCUACGUCCAGUGUUGUUGCCUUCUACCGCUCCCACAGCAGGAGCCCGUGUCACUUUGAGACCUCAGAGUCCCGCUACGAGCCGCGAGCCCGAGAGGCCUUCACUUUGGCCAGUGUGGUCCACAGGGACCUGUACCGGGAGGAGCGGGCGCGGCGAGGGGAUCGGCCGUAUCGACGCAGUCGGAGCCGCUCUGCUCCCUCCUCACACUCUCGGAACCCCUCUCCUCAGAGACCCCCGGCCCCCCGCGGCCCCUGCUCCCGCAGCGGCUCUGGCUCUCGCAGCCGCUCUUCCAGCUCUGACUCCGUGAGCAGCACCAGCAGCAGCACCAGCGGCAGUGAUUCUAGCAGUAGUUCCAGCGAUGAGUCUCCAGCUCGCUCGGUCCAGUCGGCUGCUGUCCCCGCUCACACCACGCUCCACUUAUCUUCCCUCGACAAAGACGAGCCGCGCAAAAGCUUUGGCAUCAAGGUCCAAAAUCUUCCUGUUCGCUCGACAGAUACAAGCCUAAAGGACGGUCUGUUCCAUGAGUUUAAAAAGCACGGCAAAGUUACGUCCGUCCAAAUUCACGGCGCCUCAGAGGAGCGUUACGGUUUGGUGUUUUUCCGACAACAAGAAGAUCAAGAAAAAGCGCUGGCAGCUUCGAAAGGGAAGCUCUUCUUUGGAAUGCAAAUAGAUGUCACGGCGUGGAACGGUCCAGAAACUGAAAGCGAAAAUGAGUUCCGACCUUUGGAUGAGAGAAUUGACGAGUUUCAUCCAAAAGCCACAAGGACGUUAUUCAUUGGAAAUCUGGAAAAAACUACGACCUACCAUGAUCUUCUUAACAUCUUCCAACGCUUUGGAGAAAUAGUGGAUAUUGACAUAAAAAAGGUGAAUGGGGCCCCGCAGUACGCUUUCUUACAGUACUGUGACAUCGCCAGUGUCUGUAAAGCUAUAAAGAAAAUGGACGGCGAAUAUCUUGGUAACAACAGACUGAAGUUGGGCUUUGGAAAGAGCAUGCCCACUACCUGUGUCUGGUUGGACGGAUUAGCCUCAAACACGACCGAACAGUUUCUUACACGGCAUUUCUGUCGAUACGGGCAUGUUGUCAAAGUGGUUUUUGAUCGCAUGAAGGGGAUGGCUCUUAUUUUGUACAACAACAUUGAAUAUGCACAAGCUGCAGUCAAAGACACAAAGGGAUGGAAAAUAGGUGGGAGUAAAAUCAAGGUUGACUUUGCGAAUCAGGAGAGUCAGAUGGCUUUCUAUCGCUCGAUGCAAGCUUCUGGGCAGGAUAUUCGAGACUUCUAUGAUAUCGUUUCUGAGAGAAGGGAUGACCGAAGAACGCAGUAUGAGUAUCAAGCAGAAAGACAAUAUUAUGAAAACGUUCGCACCACGAGAACGUACACAGAUGAUCCGAGCCGGAAAUACACCACAAGAAGUCGGGAGUUUUACACCGAGUGGGAUCCAUACCAGGGAGAUUACUAUGAAACCCAAUACUUUGAAGACCACAGAGAGUUCAGGGAAUACAGAGCUGAUCCGUAUGAACAAGACAUCCGCAAAUACAGCUAUCUGCAGCGAGAGCGCGAACGAGAACGCGAGAGGUUUGAGACGGACCGUGGACGAGACCACAAUCGAAGGACCAUCGAGCGAAGUCAAAGCCCGUCUCAUCUGACAUCGCGACGCCCUGCCACACCAACCACAACCCCGCCCCUUUUAGAGAGAGUCCCGACUGAAGCUGAUCGCCACUGCUGUCGCUCCUCCGACAGAAGCGGGAGUUGCAGUUCUCUUUCUCCACCGAGAUUCGAAAAACCUGAGAAAACCCGCCCUGAAAGGACUCCAGGCAUCAGAGACUAUGGUGGAGCUGAACAGGGACGCAAGCCCAGAUGUCGCUCUUCGAACCAGCUUCAUGAAAAGUUCGAAAGAAAGUUCAGCUAA